AUGGACGGUGGGGGCUGGUCCGGCCGGAGAGCCUCCAAAUGUAUUGGGCCGUCCCUGACGCUCGAUCACAUCAAAACUCCACCGGACAUCGUCAGAACUCAUAAUACAGGGGACAAGAAAUCACUGGUGCAAGCAUGCCUAACUUUCGUUAACAAGGCUAAUAAGGAGGAACUUAAACAAUUGAAGUGGAUUGGAGAGAAGAGAGCUACCUACAUACUCGAACUUCGCGAGGAAACUCCAGAACCCUUUAAGGAAAUAGAAGAUCUUAAGGAACUAGGGCUAUCUUCGAAGCAGAUAAGUGAAAUGAUGUCAGGAAUCCUCACAGAUUUUUAGAAUGAUGUUGAAAUGCACAUUGAUCAAUUCUUCUCCACCCUGCCAUUCAGCAUCGGUUUAAGAGGGUCUUCAGAGCCAGAUUACCUCCUGGUGUUACUUUGAAUGGCUAAUUGAAAUUCAUGUCUCAGCUAUUAAGCUGCCUGGCAGAUUGUUAUGUGAUUUAUUCCUGUAAUGACUGCAUCUUUUAGGUUUGCUCUCAUUUUGUUGGCAAUGCUUUCUUUACAAACUCUGACAGCUUGUUCCUGGUACCGAGUAACAGAAUGUGCAAUUGUCGUUGCUGUAAUUUGAUAUUGUGCUGCACAAUCUCUAAUUCUUAUAUGAUCCCAUUCUUUUCCAGUUUCCAUAUUGUCUUGUCCUUUUAAGUAAUCUUUAAUGUGCCGGUGAAACCUUUUUGCACUGAAUGAGUUGCAGGAGUUGCGGCUUUUUACUGCUUCUGUCUUUGAAGCAUCCAUUCUAAACUAACUUUUACAUGUUUUAGUAUAUUACAGAAAUGGAGACUGGAAUUUGUAAUGCAAUCCUGUCUUCUUUUUAAUAUAUACAUUGUCCAGCAUAAACAGAAACGGAAUAAUCGCAAAGGUAAAGAUAGAGGAAGGGAUGAGAAGUCUGAUGCAAUGAUGUGGGAAAAAGUCCGGCAGCAAAGCCCAUCUGAUGAAAGUGACCUGGAUGACUUCCCUUCUAAGCGGAUGGAUUUGGUGAUUGAAAA